GCAAUAAUUUUUGAAACAACCACAGUGGUAGGAGAUGCGAGGUCCCUGUUAUUUCAUGAAUGUUAUUACAUUAAGUUUGGACGCCCCAAACAAACGCAUUUCUCAAUAAUUUUAUACUUUAAAAAUAAUUAAUAUGAGUUUGAUAGUAGUUUAAACUAAUUGUGUAGUGGAAUUUUCAUUAUUUAAUUAAUGUAAGGUUUAAAACAAUAAUUUAGUGUGAAUUAUUCAUGUUAUGAUGAAGCCUUCGAUUUCUGAACCAAACUCGGGUAUUUAGUUAGAUUUAAAAUUGAGAAAAAUUAUCGGACAAAAAAAAACACGAAGAAUUUUUUAUUUAGUAAAGGGAUACUUUUAACUGUAUUAGCACAAAAUACUACUAGUAUUUGUAACAUUCCAAAAUAACUUGCACUGGCUAAAGAUGUUAUCACACAAAUUAUUAAUAAUUCUAUCAUAUUAAAUAGUUAUCUAUAGUCUGGUGAGAUAAAGUCAUAAUUUCUAAGAUUUUAGAGUAAAAACUGUUAUAAAACAUAAAUUCAUAGUUAUUUUAUAUUUUAUUUCUUCAGGUUGUUUUAGUUUAUAAAUUUAUAAAUAACUUUCUAUGAUUGUUGUCCCAUGUAUUUAGUUUUUAGAUGGACCCUUCAGAAGUACAAAUUUUUAAAUCUAUGUCUAUGGUGAAUAAACGAAUUGAAAAUUUCAUGAAAAGAAAACGCGAAGAAAGUGAUGAUAGAAAUGUUAGACUAUAUUACAAUUAUAAUCAAGACGAUUCUUCUGCAAGAACUAGUUCUUCUGUGGCAGCUAAACGCCUAAAGGGAUCUGAAUGUUAUGUGAAAUUAAGCAGGGUUUACAAUGAAUCAGGACCUCAGUGCAAUGGAGGUCUAGACCCGGCUAGUAAUACUGGUUAUGAAAUUUCAAAACAACUAGAACUCAAUUCAAAAUCUGAUAUCUAUGAAAGAAUUACAAAUCUAGAAUCUUGUAUGAAUAUUAAACCAUUAGAUAAAAAUUUUUAUGAAAGACUAAAAAUAAUUGAGGAAAGAGUUUUGCUCCUUGAGAGUAUCUUGGGCAAUAAAAAAGGUUUAUUAGAUAUCAAGGUUUUUGAUGAACAAGCUGAACCAUUAGAUCAAUUAUUGAAUGAUAAAAAUGAUGAAUCUAUUUAUAAUUCUAUAAAUGAGAAUCAAAAAAAUGAAGUAAUAAUAAAUACUGUUAAUUUAACUAGUUUAGUACAAAAAAAACAAAAAUACAGCGCAAGUGAUAUAGAAAGAUUCAUUAAUCAAUUAAAAGGAAAAGAAGAAAACUAAUUUUAAAUAUUAAUUUAAGUUAAAAAAAGUUCAAGCUUAACACAAAUUCAAUUUUUUUAUGAAUCAUCAUGAUUAUUUUUUUUAAUAUAUGUCUAUUACUGAAAAAGAUCUUAAAAAAAUUGUAUCAACUUAAAAAUUAAAAAUAUUAUUAAAAUAAAUAAAUAAAAUAGAUGUAUAACUUUUAAAAAUUAUUUUGGAAAAAUUUUGAAUAUAACUAUGAAUGGUGCUACAAAUAUUUUUUCUUAAUAAAUUACUGAAAAAAAAUAAUAUUAUGGGUAUUUACCACAGAAAUACUUCCAAGUAUUUGAACAAACAGAAAAUUAUUUGGGAAAAAAUAUAUACUAAAAAAAAAAAAAAUACCAAAAA